CCUCCACCUCGCCUCGCACCGCAGCAUCUCCGCAACCCCUUCUAGACAUCACGCAGCAGCUUUAGGCGGCGAUAGCACCGGUGCGACACCCGACCCGCGACGUUCAUCCAGCGCUUGAGGCUCGCGACCACAUACGAACUACUCGCCACUCGCUCAUCCCCCUACUCCCCCUGCGCGCCGCUGCCGCUUGGCAGAGAGGCAUGCGGCGUCAUGGAGCCCAGCGCCGUCCCCGACCAGUGCAACGGCAAGGAUUACAUCACCCCGGCUAGGAAGAACGAAAAGGACCUCGAGGUCCAGCUGGUGCUGUCGCUGGUGCUCGGCGCCUCGGCGUUUGUCACGUUUUGCAUACUUCGCACGCGAUGGCCGUCACUAUACGCUGCUCGAAAGCGACGCUUAGAUCCAAAGAUUGGCCUCCCCGAGCUGCCGAAUAGCUUCUUUGGAUGGAUACCCAAGCUCUACAAGGUGACUGAGGAGCAGAUCCUCGCGUCGGCUGGUCUCGAUGCGUUUGUGUUCCUGACCUUUUUCAAAAUGGCCGUUCGCCUGUUCAUGACCAUGGCCUUCUUCGCAGUCGUGGUGCUCUUCCCUGUCAACAAGUGGUACAGAGGGUUCGGGCCGAGCUUCACACGGCCUGGAAACGGCACCGACGAUGACGAUGACCUGCUCAGGCAUGUACUCCCGCGCAACAUCGAUGCCGAUCUCCUCAGCGUUGAGCACAAGGACAAGAGCGGCGAAAGGUCGUAUCUAUGGGCAUACGUUGUCUUCACGUAUUUUUUCGUCGGCCUCACGAUAUAUUGCAUCAACCUCGAGACGUUUCGUAUCAUCAAGCUUAGACAGGACUACCUUGGCUCGCAGUCGACAGUCACCGAUCGCACAUUUCGACUCACCGGCAUACCACUGAAACUACGCUCGGAAGAAAAGCUUAAGAAGCUUAUUGAGAAGCUCGAGAUUGGCCUCGUUGACACAGUUACUCUCUGUCGCAACUGGAGCGACCUAGAUGAGCUGAUGCAGGAACGCAACCGAGUGUUGCGCAAUCUCGAGACUGUCUGGGCAAGAUACUUGAAGCGUCAACAGGCCCUUUCCAAGAGUCACAGCGAUGGGACGCAGACUUCCAACGACGAUGGCGAUGCCACCCAGUCGCGCGCAUACGGAGGCGACGAGGAGUCUGGCGAGAACGAACGCCUUCUCGAAAGUGAUCCCGACCAGCCACACAUGACUGAAGGCGAGCGGCCGGAAGUCAUCAUUCGAUACGGGCCGCUGAAUCUGCGGAGGCGCAGGGUGGACGCCAUCGACUACUACGAGGAGAGGCUCCGGAGACUGGACGAAAAAGUGGCAGUGUCUCGAAGAAAGGAGUACGAGGCCACCGACAUGGCGCUUGUGACCAUGGACUCGGUCGCGUCCUGCCAGAUGGUCAUCCAGGCCAGGAUAGACCCUCGGCCUGGGCGGCUACUGACCAAGCCCACGCCAUCUCCGUCAGACCUCGUCUGGAAAAAUACCUAUGCCCUUCGGGGUAUCCGGAGGCUCAAGUCGUGGGCAGUCACACUCUUCAUCACGUUCCUGACGCUGCUUUGGAUUUUCCCGACCGCAUUCCUUGCCUCGUGGCUCAGCAUAUGCACCGUCAACAAAUAUCUACCCGGGUUUGUGGCCUGGCUGGUGAAGCACCCCAUCUUCUACUCCCUCUUCCAGAACGGCGGGCCGACCCUGGUGGUGUCGUUGCUCAACGUUGCUGUGCCGUACCUGUACGACUUCUUGUCCAACCACCAGGGCAUGAUUUCCCAGGGAGACGUGGAGUUGUCUGUCAUUUCCAAGAACUUCUUCUUCACCUUCUUCAACACCUUUUUCGUCUUUGCAAUUUCCAAGUCUGGGUUCGACUUCUUCAACGUGCUGAGGGACUUUCUCAAGGACACGAGCAAGAUCCCGGCGGCCAUCGCGGCUGAUGUGGAAGACCUGUCCAUCUUUUACAUCUGCUUCAUCAUGCUGCAGGGCAUCGGCCUGAUGCCGUUUCGCAUCCUCGAGGUUGGCAGCAUUUUCCUGUCCCCGUUCUACCGCAUGACGUCGUGGACGCCGCGCGACUUUGCGGAGCUGCAGAAGCCACCCACCUUUCAGUAUGGCUUCUACCUGCCGGUGGCGCUGCUCGUGUUCAAUCUCUGCCUCAUAUACAGCGUGCUGCGGUGGGGUUUCGCGAUACUCAUAUUCGGGUCGAUUUACUUUGCCCUCGGGUAUUUUACCUUCAAGUACAUGCUACUGUACGCCAUGGACCAGCCUCAGCAUGCGACCGGCGGUGCGUGGCGCAUAAUCUGCUACCGCAUCGUCAUCGGGCUGCUUGUGUUUGAGGUGGUCAUGGUUGGCCAAAUCGCGUCACUGGCAGCGUUUGUGGAGUCGGUGGCCGUGCUUCCGCUGAUACCCUUCACCAUUUGGUACAGCUACUACUUCAAGCAGCGCUUCGAGCCACUGACCAAGUACAUUGCGCUGCGGGCCAUCAAGUCCAACGGAGGCGCUGACACGGAAGAGGCGGUGGACGAUGACUUUGACGAAGCAGAGGGCGAAGCGCGGCAGGAGACGCAGGCGAUCCUGCGGAGAGGCAGCACCCUUGACGAGUUCAAGGAGAAGGGCUUGAUGUUUGUAAAUCCAAGCCUGGUGGUACCGUAUGUGGUCUUGUGUGAUUCUUUCCUUUGGGUUUUGGAGACAGUGGCUAACACAGCGGACUAGGCUGCAGCAACCGUGGAUCUAUCGGGAUCCGCCGCCGCCGAUACGAACAGAAGGGACAGAGACGGACGGGGCUUCGAGCCAGGAGGGGCCGGUGCUGAUUCUGCCCAAUGCGGACAGCUCCCUGGGGAUUGGGGAGGAUAAUGUGUGGAUGGACAGCGGAAGGAGGGGCGACUGACGAGGGCAUGCGUACAAUUCGAUGAUCGAUACCAAGGGGAUUGAAUGGAUAAUUUAUAGAUUUGGACCGGUACGACAUGAGAAUGCAUAAUAAUGGAAGCAUGGCUCUGGAAUGUCGAUUUUUGGAUCUUGCUUGUGCGCAUGUCGAGUCUUUGGCGG